AUGAGCCAGCCCAGGCCCCGCUACGUGGUGGACAGAGCCGCAUACUCCCUCACCCUCUUCGACGAGGAGUUUGAGAAGAAGGACCGGACGUACCCACUGGGAGAGAAACUUCGUAAUGCCUUCAGAUGCUCCUCAGCCAAGAUCAAAACCACGGUGCUGGGGCUGCUGCCGGUGCUCUCCUGGCUCCCCAAGUACAAGAUCAAAGACUACAUCGUCCCUGACCUGCUCGGGGGACUCAGCGGGGGCUCCAUCCAGGUCCCACAAGGCAUGGCGUUCGCUCUGCUGGCCAACCUUCCUGCAGUCAACGGCCUCUACUCCUCUUUCUUCCCCCUCCUGACCUACUUCUUCCUGGGGGGUAUCCACCAGAUGGUGCCAGGUACCUUUGCCGUUAUCAGCAUCCUGGUGGGUAACAUCUGUCUGCAGCUGGCCCCAGAGUCGAAAUUUCAGUUCUUCAACAAUGUCACCAACAAGAGCUACGUGGACACUGCGGCCAUGGAUGCGGAGCGGCUGCACGUGUCUGCGACGCUGGCGUGCCUGACAGCUAUCAUUCAGAUGGGCCUGGGCCUGGUGCAGUUCGGCUUUGUGGCCAUCUACCUCUCCGAGUCCUUCAUCCGGGGAUUUAUGACAGCAGCUGGCCUGCAGAUCCUGAUCUCGGUGCUCAAGUACAUCUUCGGGCUGACCGUCCCCUCCUACACAGGCCCAGGGUCCAUCGUCCUUACCUUCAUCGACAUCUGCAAAGGCCUCCCGCACACCAACGUGGCCUCACUCAUCUUCGCGCUCAUCAGCGGCGUGUUCCUGGUGCUGGUGAAGGAACUGAACGCGCGCUUCAUGCACAAGAUCCGCUUCCCCAUCCCCACGGAGAUGAUCGUGGUGAUAGUGGCGACAGCCGUCUCUGGGGGUUGUCAUAUGCCAAAAAAGUACCACAUGCAGGUCGUGGGAGAGAUCCAGUCCGGCUUUCCCACCCCAGUGUGGCCCGUGGUCCAGCAGUGGAAGGACAUGAUUGGCACCGCCUUCUCGUUGGCCAUCGUGGGCUACGUCAUCAACCUGGCCGUGGGUCGCACCCUGGCCAACAAGCAUGGCUACGACGUAGACUCAAACCAGGAGAUGAUCGCCCUGGGCUGCAGCAACUUCUUCGGCUCCUUCUUUAAAAUCCACGUGAUCUGCUGUGCCCUGUCGGUCACUCUGGCUGUGGACGGGGCAGGAGGGAAAUCACAGGUGGCCAGCCUGUGCGUGUCCCUGGUGGUGAUGGUCACCAUGCUGGUGCUAGGGUCCUACCUCUCCCCUCUCCCCAAGUCCGUGCUAGGAGCACUCAUCGCCGUCAACCUCAAGAACUCCCUCAAACAACUGGCCGACCCCUUCUACCUGUGGAGGAGGAGCAAGCUGGACUGUUGUGUCUGGAUGGUGAGCUUCCUCUCCUCCUUCUUCCUGAGUCUGCCGUACGGUGUGGCUGUGGGCGUCGCCUUCUCCGUGCUGGUUGUGGUCUUCCAGACCCAGUUUCGAAAUGGCUAUGCUCUGGCCCAGGUCCUGGAUACGGACAUUUAUGUGAACCCCAAAACCUACAAUAGGGUCCAGGAAAUAGAAGGGAUUAAAAUUGUCACUUACUGCUCCCCUCUCUACUUUGCCAACUCAGAGAUCUUCAGGCAAAAGGUCAUUGCCAAGACCGGGCUGGACCCCCAGAAGGUUUUGCUGGCCAAGCAGAAGUACCUGAAGAAGCAGGAGAAGGGCAGAGCGAUGCCCUCGCAGCGGAGAAAGUCUCUGUUCAUGAAAACCAAGACGGUGUCUCUGCAGGAGCUGCAGCAGGACUUCGAAAACGCUGCCCCCACAGACCCCAACAACAACCAGACCCCUGCCAACGGCACCAGCGUGUCCUACAUCACCCUCAGCCCCGACAGCUCCCCGGCUGCCCGCUGCGAGGCCCCGGCCCCUGCGGAGACCCCGACGGAGCCCACAGACCUGCUGGCCAGCGUCCCGCCCUUCGUCACCUUCCACACCCUCAUCCUCGACCUGAGCGGGGUCAGCUUUGUGGACCUGAUGGGCAUCAAGGCCCUGGCCAAGCUGAGCUCCACUUAUGGGAAGAUUGGGGUGAAGGUCUUCUUGGUGAACAUUCACGCCCAGGUGUACAAGGAUAUCAGCCACGGAGGCGUCUUUGAGGACGGGUGCCUGGAGCACAAGCACGUCUUCCCCAGCAUCCACGAUGCGGUUCUCUUCGCCCAGGCGAACCCCAGAGGAGCGGUCCAGAGGCCAGGCUUCCCCGAGGCUCCAGCGGACCCUGAGCUCUCCUUGUAUGACUCCGAAGACCAGAGUCCUGCCUACUGGGACCUAGAGCAGGACAUGUUUGGGAGCAUGUUUCAUGCAGAGACCCUGACCGCCCUGUGAGGACCCAGCCGGGCCCCGUGUCACCCCCAGAGCACCGGCCACCUUGAACUUCCAGAAAGGAGGAGCCUGGACCUGCAUGGAGAGGACACAGCCCCCAGGACUCCUCUCUCUGUCUUCUCUGAGGCCCUCCUCCCCGCUGCCCACAUUUCUGGAGUCAGCGCAUCUGCCCUGGACCUACCUACUGGCCCUCCUGCCUCGCUCAGUGACCCCAGCCGUGAAGGACCAGGGAAAGGAGGGUGCGGCUGCCCUGGGUGAGCCUCUGUGUUGCAGGACCCAGGGAGCACCUUGCCUCAACUCUCCUUGAUAGCUGAGCAUCCAGGAACCUCUGCCUUAGUGACUAGACCCUCCCCCCCACACACCCCUCCUUCCUCCAUAUCUCAAAGGCGCUGGGAUCCCUUUGCUAUUCAUCACCUCAAAUUCUGGCCUGUGGAGUGGAACACCCUCAAGGCCGAAAGCGCUACCUCCCCCUGGCAGCCACCCCCUCCUCUGACAUCACCCUGGCUGGCUGCUCCCUCUUGUUUUCACCGGGUAGAAACCCCAAAGGGACUGGGUAGUAGCAGACAGAACCCUGGGGCAGCAAAGCACCCGUUACUAGUUAUCCUGCACAAAAGCGUUGGCAAUCCCUCCUGUAUGGGAGACUUGGAGGGGAGGGGUGCUAGUGCCAACCAAGAGUAAACUGGCAGGGCCUGGGUUUGGCCUGAUGCCCCCAAACUCAGAGCCUCUCCAGAAAAUGCCUCCCCUCCUUGAAGAUCUGCUUUGUUCUUCCUCCCUUGCAAAAGGAUUUUAACUAUCCCAGAUCAGUUUAAAUCCUUCACUGGGCACAUGGGGGGUGGGGAGUUCCCCCGCCAAGCCAGGUGCACCCCACUGUGGGCACAGCUGCACCCCGUGUGGGCACAGAUCCUGGGGAAGUCCCAACAGGGCUUCCCUAAUCAACUCAGGACCCGAGGCCAGUGUCUAGGACAGGUGCGCGUAGGGGUCAGUUUUCCAUGUACAUAAGGGUAUAACUACAGAAGUCCCACUUUGUUUUGGUGGGGCGGGGAAGGGGGGUUAUUUGUCUGUUUGUCUGUUUGUUUAGUUUUGGGGCCAC